CGUUGGACACAAGGCAAAAUGGCUGCCGCCAACGGGAAGAAGCGUGGUCUGGAACAUUUGGACGAAUAUGAACCAAAACCUGCUAAACAUCUCCGCAGCCUGCACGAUCGGAUGGUAGAGAGGCGACUGGUUGUGAUUUUGGAGGGUGCCUCGCUCGAGACCGUUAAGGUUGGGAAAACCUUUGAGCUGUUGAACUGCGACCAACACAAGAACAUCAUAAUCAAAAGUGGAAGAGAUCCAGGGCAUAUAAGGCCAGAUAUAACACAUCAGUGUCUCCUCAUGUUGAUGGACAGUCCCCUGAACAGAGCAGGUCUGCUGCAGGUUUACAUCCAUACAGAGAAGAACGCGUUGAUAGAAAUCAACCCGCAGACACGCAUUCCAAGAACCUUUCCACGAUUCUGUGGCCUUAUAGUUCAGUUGCUGCACAAGCUGAGUGUGCGAGCAUCCGACGGUCCUCAAAAGCUCCUAAGAAUGAUAAAAAAUCCCGUUUCGGACCACCUGCCCCCUGGCUGUCCGCGGAUCGCCACCUCCUUCUCCGCCGGAGAGGCCGUCUGUCCCCGCACGGUGGUGCCCGAGGGCCCGGCCGCUGUGGUGAUUGGAGCGUUUGCGCACGGAGCAGUCAACGUUGACUACACAGAGAAAACCGUGUCCAUCAGUAAUUAUCCCCUGUCCGCCGCACUCACCUGUGCCAAGAUGUGCUCGGCUUUUGAGGAAGUUUGGGGGGUGUUGUGAUGUUCAUCGGCCCGCUGUUGACCGGGCAAAACCCAAUCCUAUAAACUGUGACAUUACAUGGAUCCUAUUUUGUAUGAUGUUAUUAAACAAACAUUUUACUGCAGUUAUGUAUAAAGUAUAUAUACAGCAGCAGUGUCAAACUCGUCACAGGCCAUUUUGUAUAUAGUAAUGAUUUCUUUUGGAGAGUCAGCCAUCGGAGUCACAAUGGAGGCAAUGAGACGAGUGUCACUGAUUUAUCAACAAAUAAUCUAUUAAACUGGCGUUUUCCCA